AGUUCCUUUUUCGGAAGAUGUGGCCACACGACUUUUUGACUUCGGGCAGUGCCACGUGCAGCUCUUCGGCGGACUCUUGCCCAUGGCCACGGUGCUGCUACGGGGACUGGAGAGCAAGCCCAAACUGAAUGGGCGACAGGUGAAUCUGGUGUGCUUCCAUGAAGAGCGGGGUCGAUGGGAGGUGGAGCUGGAGGGUGCCAUGCCGAUGGUCGACCUCUUCAAGGUGGAAUGGAACGACGACUGGUGGGAGCCGGUAGAUAACGAUGACAAGUAUCCCAGCCUGAAGAAGGAGAAAGGACCGACCUUCAAAGAGGUCGUCCUCCAGAAACAGGAGAAGCUGAAGCUCACCGACCCCAAGAUCCUCACAGUCGUGGACUGCAACGGGCGCCCCGUGAGCGUCUACGACGGCGAGGGGCAGAUGUUGGAGGUGCUCAGCGGGCAGCACAUCCCUCGGAAGGUGGAGACGGAAAGCGAGGUUUGCCAACGCAGCUUUCCGCUGCAGUUUCAGAAGAAGGCGCCUGAGGGCCGCACCUUAGCCGUGCGCCCCAGCUGCUUGCGCGUCCGCGAGGAGGAGACGGUGGAAGCCCUGCGGAAGCGCAAGGUGGAGAUGUCGGUGGGCACGGUGCACGCCAAGCCGGAGCUGGACGGCCAAUUCGGCCUCCUGGGCGCCUUCCAAGCGUCCACGAACGCUUGGGAGGUGAUGCCUGAUGCUCGUGGUCUUUGGGAUGUGCAGAUCGAUGGCUCCGCGGCACCGGUGAAGCUGCGCUCACCGGAGAUUUGCGACGAGGCAACUGGCAAGGCAUUUGUGGAUCCUGUUCAGAUCGGCGACUGGAAAACGGUGCCAGAAGAAAAAGCCCUUUAUGCCAGAGUGACCCUUCAAGAAGGGGAGGUCAUUUUGGAAGACGAGCCCGCCAUUUCGGCACCCUUCAGCUUCGACAUGCCUCAGCUGAUGAAGCAGUUCAAUCAGAUGAGUCCAAGUCGACAAGAUGCAAUUCUUCAGCUCUCCAAGGGCCCCGACUUCUUGGCCAGCCUCCGAUCGGAGACCAGACACUUUACCAAGGAGACCUUGCAAUCUGCUUCUCCGGAGUUUAGCCAACUGAACGAAAGUUUGCAAGAUCAGAUUUGGAGCAUGAUGAGGACGUUUGACUGCAACUCUUUCUCACACAGCCGGAGCAAGUCUCAGCUGCUUUAUCCCACCUUGGCGCGGGUGAACCAUUCCUGCAGGCCAAAUGCAGUGCUGGGGGAUCCCAAGCCAGCCGAGCAAGAUGCCAAGUUGCACAGCGGAUUGGAGCCAGUGGACCUCUUGAAGAAGGCAUUGAUUGCCAUCGAGGAGAUUCCCGAAGGCGAAGAGAUCACCGUCAGCUACUUGAGCGAGGAGGACCUCCUCGAGCCUCGACCACAGCGUCGCCAGCGGCUGAUGGAUGGCUUUGGCUUCGAAUGCUUCUGCAGCCGUUGCCUUGAUGAGGACGCGGACCGUGUCCUGCGGACCUUCCGAAGCGCUGAGGGGGAGGGCUCGACAGGAACCGGCGGGGAACCCUGCGAGGAGAUGCACGUGUCGAGCUUUGCUGACUUCCUGACGAAGCUGUCAAAGGAGGAGCCGCUGUCGAGCCCAGAUGAACUGGUGGCCAUCGCUGAGACGGCCUCUGAAACCCUGGCUCCAAGCCACUGGCUGCUGCGCAAGGUUCACUAUGUCCUCUCCUGCUUCUAUGAGAAGAACCACCGUCCAGCACUGGCAGUAGAACAUUUGCAAGGGAUUUUGGACCUGGAACUUCGUGCACUUGGAAGGAUCAGCCCUUCGAAGUGGGAGCAGAAGGGUGACCAGCUGGUCAUGAAGGGCGACCUGCCACAGGCCUUCGAGUGCUAUGCCCAAGUCUUGAAGGCUUUGAAGCUGCGCUCUCCAGAAGUCUACCCGAUCCCUGGGCGUGACAUGCCAUGUGAAGAGAUCCGCAAGAAGCUGCGCUCCGUCCUGGAUGGCGUCACUGCGGCCAAAGGCUACCCCAGCGCGGCGUGAAAAGAAGCGUCCCUGGGACCGGAGGAGCGGCGAGGACGGAGGAAAGGUGGAAGACGGUAGACCUGCUAGGGGGGACGAGCUUUGGGUGGUGGUUUUGGAGAUUUUUCUGAUGCACCUUGGGGACGAUUGAACCCACUGUUAGAUCUGUUAGUCACAUGUGUUCAAUCAGGUGAGUUGAAACCACCAAGCAGUGAGUUGAAA